AUGUCGCUCGAUGACGUCGACGACGACGGUCGCGCCCUCGCGCGGCUCGUUCGCCCGGUCGAGUUCGCGGCGACGGGGCGCGGACACGGCGUGGUGCGUGACGUCCAACGCGGCGACGUUUUGCUCGAGGUGCCGCUGCGUCGUGGGUUUUCGUACGACGACGCGAUGGCGGACGACGAGAUGCGGGAGAUAGCGAAGGCGUGCGUUCGUAGGGAUGACGUCGUGGCGUUGCACGUGUGUCUGGAGCGAUAUCGUGGGAAAGAGGCGAAACACGCGGCGCACGUGGAGGCGCUGCCAAAGACGUUCGACUGCGCGUUCAACUGGAGCGAGGAUGAGUUGAGUGAGUUAGUCGGGACGACGUGUUUGAAGGAUACCAGGGCGUUGAUUGAGGAGACGAGGGAGGAUUACGACGCGAUCGGACGGCGAUUGAUGGCGAUGGGGAAGGGCGGGUGGUUGCUCGAGCGAGGGGUCGAUUACGAGCGGUACGCCUGGGCGCGGCAGUGUCUGUGGAGUCGACAGUGUGAUUUGAUGCGCCCAGAUGGGACGCGUACGCGGGCGAUGAUUCCGUAUUUCGAUAUAUUUAAUCACUCGCCGGAAGCGCCGUUGGGGAAGACGCAUAAGCUGAACGCCGAGCGGAACUGCGUCACGGUGUACGCCGGACGCGACUACAAAGAGGGCGAGCAGGCGUUCAUUUCCUACGGUAGUGGCGAGGCUGCGAACGCAAAAUUACUCACAUGGUACGGAUUUUGCAUCGAGAACAACCCGUACGAGGAGUUGGAUCUCACGCUCACGAUCACGGUGGACAAGCUGAGGAAGACGGUUUUGGAGACGGCGCUUCGCGCGAGUGCGGUGGCGUACCUCCAAGACAUCGACACGCGAUGGCGCGAGAGCGGGGACUACUCGGAGCCGUAUCUGCCAAUGCUCUAUAGUAUUCUCUUCACCCCGGUCGCAGAGGAGUUAGAUGCAGAGGGAUCCACCGCGGAGUUCAUUAUUAAGCACACUGUUCCGGAGCGAGAGCCACUUCCGCCGCCGUUGCAGAUGAUGGCGCGCGUACAACAGCUCGCCGACGCCGAUCUGAACGAUCCUGAGAUCCGCAAGGCGAUCAUGAAUGCCGCAAACGACAAGACCGGGGACACGAUCAUAUCCACCGCGAACGAAAUGGCGGCGCUGGCGUCAUUGAAGCUCAUUUUCCAAGAUGUCUGCGAGGGAUUCACCGUUGGCGACGCAGAGAGCGACGCGGUGGAGCUCGCGAAGCCGUCCGAAGAAGUGCCAUAUAGAAAAAGGUUAGCUCUUAUCGAGCGCUCGGGUGAGCGAAGAAUCGCGACCAAGGCUUACGCCGAGGCUUCAACGCUCCUGGAUAAGGUGGUGAGAGACGCGACACGCAACGCGGUGCUUCGCACCGAGGGCUUGUGCACCGAUCGUAAGUGCGUUACGUGCAUGAGUCACGGGUGCCGUUGGUUGCACGAACUCAGGAAGCAACGACCGAUGGUUGAUGCCGCUAUUCCCACCGUGGCCAGGUAUGCGAAGACGAUUCAGGACGCCUUGCCUCUGGCGGCGCACUUGCAAACGCUCAAUCUGGCGUACUUAUGGUUGAUGGGGCAAAUAGAGCGUGACGUGGUGUCUCGCGCCGCGCUGCACUCACCGACUUGGCCGCUGGACGUCGAGUCAUUGCCUGAUUCGUCACCGUACGAUGACCUCGAGCGAAUGGAAAAGCUGGAGAUUGAUGGUAGUUUAGGCGAGGAACAUCCCCCGUUCGGAGCCGAGGACGAGGUCCUCCUCCCGGCGGCGUACACACAAAAGGUGAAGUUGUGGGGAUCGUGGGUGCUCGCGCAGUGGGCAACGUGCGGUAUCCUCGACAUAAACGAUCUCAACUCGAUCGGUGCCGAAGCCGCGGCACUAAAGCGGCGGCAUGCGUGCAGCGUGCCAACGUCAAUUGCGUUGGACUUUUUGGCCUCCAUUGGACCCAUCGUUGAGAUCGGCGCCGGCGGCGGUUUGUGGGCGCGUCGACUCGUCGAACGCUGUGUUGACAUCGUUGCCUACGAUACGCCAACCUUCGACAAGGAUUUUCAAGACGGCGGCGCCGCGCAGAUCCACUCGUCCAAGCUCACGGAGGUGAACUGGUUCGAGGGCAUGCGUCGUGGCGGUCCGGAAAAAGCAGAGGAACACUCCGAUCGCGCGUUGCUCGUGUCUUGGAUAGACAUCGGUGCUGAGGGCGAUUACGGCACGGCGACGUUGGAGAAUUAUAAGGGCGACACCGUGGUCACCAUCGGCGAGUGGCGCGGUCACACGUUUGGUGAGUACGCCCCUGGCACGAUGGCCACGGGCGGAAGCUUCUCCAAGGAUUUCCAGAACGAGCUCGAGCGAGCGUUCACUCGCGAGAAAACGAUUCCGGUCGCCAACUGGCCCAUGUUCGACUCCGUUUUGAUCCUCUGGAGACGUAAACCCGUUAGUUAG